UUCUUGGAUUUUUUAAUAGUUAAAACCUAUUGUAGCUCUACAAUUUCAAUUUUCAAAAUGGUUUGUUGUUGCCCAGUGACAACCACACUAGUGGUUGGUGCUAUUGCAUAUUUCAUCUACAAGAAAUUCUUCACACCUCCAACAAUUAAGCCAAAGCCGGCGAUUCACAAAACCGACUACAAAAAAGAUACAGUUUAUCUCUAUCAGUUCAAGAGAAUAAAGAGUUGUCCAAAUCUUUCACCAUUCUGCAUGAAACUUGAGAUUCUUUGCAGAGCCUACAAUAUUCCUUAUGAGGUUGUCGAAACUUCAAUGUCUCGCUCAAGAAAUGGAACAUUACCGUUCAUUGAGCUCAACGGUGAGCAUAUUGCCGAUUCAGAUCUGAUCGAGAUUCGUUUGAGACAACAUUUCAAAAUUCCAUCCCUGCCCGACGAGCAAGAAGCUCAAUCAGUUGCUUUGAGCAGAAUGGCUGACAAUCAUUUGUUCUACAUUCUCAUCCGCUACAAGAGCGCUUCUGACUCGCUUUACAACAUUUUCGGUGAUCUCUUCAACUUGCCAUCAUUUUUAGUUCCAGUGGUUAUUCCAGUGGUCCGAGCAUUUUUCAAACGAAAGAUUUACUACCGAUGUGUUGGAGCAAUCGGAGAUUUUGAACCACAAGAACUUGAUGAGCUUCUUCAUAGAGAUCUCAAAGUUAUUCAAGAUUCAAUCAAAGGAAAUUUCCUGUUCGGAGACAAGAUCACACCGGCGGAUGCAACAGUGUUUGGUCAAUUGGCAACUGUAUAUUAUCCUAUUCGUUCUCAUCUGACCGAUGUUCUUGACAAAGAUUUCCCCAAGGUGCUUGAAUAUUUGGAAAGAGUACGCAAAGAAAUCUAUCCUAACGAUUUUACAAUUUGAAUUAUUUUUGAAACGUUGCUCCGUUCGUUUUUCCGUGGUUUCAACAGUUUGAAUAAAUUUGAAUUAAACUUUC